AAGUAAGCCCGCAGUCAAUCUUGGGGAGGUGGUUGUGGAGUUUGUACUAGAUUUACUUUGUAUUUACACGAGUUUUCAAAAUGAGGGACAGACUACAGGCGUUAAAAAACACUGGAAAUGCUGACGAUGAGGAUCCGCAAGAUGACGAUGAGCCUUCGACAAUUGUUAAUGUGGAAAAUACUUUUAUGGAUAAUUUUUUCCAAAACGUUACUACAGUACGAACGAAUAUCGAUAAAAUGGCACAAGAUGUGGAACAAGUCAAAAAAAUGCACAGUGCUAUGCUGUCUGCUGCAGUACAAGAUCAAGAGGUAAAAGAGGAACUUGAAAGACUGAUGUUAGAUGUCAAGAAGACUAGUAAUCUAGUGAGAAUGAAAUUGAAAGAAAUGGAACAUAGUAUAAACCAACAAGACCAGGAUGCAGCUUAUAAUAACUAUGCUGAGGCCAGGAUACGAAGAUGCCAGCAUUCUACAUUAGCAAGGAAAUUUGUAGAAGUGAUGAGUGACUAUAACACAACCCAGUCUGACUACAGAGAGAAGUGCAAAGCUAGGAUCCAGCGGCAGUUGGAAAUAACUGGUAAAACAAAGACAUACGAGGAAGUAGAGGAAAUGUUGGAGGGUGGAGAUCCAGCGAUCUUUACUUCAGAUAUUGUGAUAGAGACUCAACAAGCAAGACAAGCCUUGGGAGAUAUAGAAGCUAGGCACAGAGAUAUUAUCAACUUAGAAAAAAGUAUUCAGGAACUUCAUGAAAUGUUUGUUGACAUGGCCAUGUUGGUUGAAAACCAGGGGGAGAUGAUUGACAGAAUUGAGUACAAUGUGGACCAAGCUGUUGACUUUGUUCAAUCAGCCAAAAGUGACACCAAAAAAGCUGUCAAGUAUCAAAGUAAAGCAAGGCGGAAAAAGAUCAUGAUAGUCAUCUGUUUGUUUGUUUUACUGGCGGUAAUCGUUGGUAUAGUACUUAUUUCCAUAUAUACUUAAUAGAUUUCGUUACAUAAUUAUUUGUUUUUAUAUGGUUUAAAUAUCUUCAAUAUGGAUAUGUAAUGAAACAGAUACAUGGGGCUUGAUAAAGCAACAAGUUAAUGGAUGAAUGGAGGGAACCACAGAUUACAUUUUAAUGUUAGAUUGUAAAUAAUUUCAGCUAGUAAGUGUAAUCUGAAGUAAAGGCUUAAUACAGCUUGUAAUCAUUGAACAGCCGCCUUAAAGCGAAAAACUAAAGUAAACAUUUACAGUAGAAGGGAAAUAGUAUUAUCCCAGAGAGCAAAAUAUUUUUUGUAUUCUCAUUAUUUUUUUUCAUUCCUGGUCUAAUUUUGUCAGAUGCCCUAGAUUUAUUCACAUAUCCCUUUUAUUCCUAUACGCUUAAAUUUUCUUCGUUCGUUGGGUUUGCAGCUGUUCUAAAUUUUCAAAUUUAAAUUAAAUUAUUCUUGUGAUACUAUAGCAUUAAAAUUUCUGAGUCCUAUUAAACUUGUUUGUCAGUGUGUGUAUGUUGUAAACUUAAUUUGAAUUGGUAGGCAAAGAUUUUACUGAGACAUCUGCAUGAAGUGUGAGUGAUGUUCACCAUUCCACCAAGGGUGCUCCAAAGUUCAUUUUGGCACAUUUGCAAAUGCUCCCAGAUUAUCCUGAAGUCUCUCAGAGACAGAAUCAGUCUCCCUGUCUCUUGCAGAGUUUGCUUAAUCUCCCAUAUAAAAGGAAAUUAUGGAAUCUUUUCCUCUGAAGGGAUGAAAUCUAGAAAUAAAUUUUGAGGUUUUUGUUCAAGGAUGGUUUGAUAUUUCUGGAUUUUUAUUGAUUUUGGCUGAAGUGCAUCCAUUUGUUGAGCAACAGUUGAUGGGGAGGGAUGGGAAGGAGUGGUCAAGAAAACAAACCUGGGGUAGGGGGUGGGGAUAUGGAAUAAACACAUGAUUCUUCCAAUAGAACAUCUCGAGAUAUCAACUUUUCAGAGAUAAGCAUCUGUGUUGUGGUUAAAACAGAGGACUGAGGAGAAGGUAGUUUUUUGUAAGAAAAGAGGUUGGAUCCUUGGGGAAGGAAUCAAUUUAGGACUAAAAUCUCAUUUUUUGAUCGUAAACAACAUCUCUUAAGUCAACCCAAGUAUUUUAAAAUUUAAAAUACUCUUCAACAUGUUUUAGCCUCACCCUUUAGGUGAAUGGUGAACAACAGGAAACACAAGAUUUCAGAAUAUAGAAAACUUGCAAUUGAUUUCAAACUUGCACAUUUAUUUACUCUUGAAAUUUUUUUUUAUGAAGCUUAACUAUUUAACUCCCAGGAGAGAUUAAAAUGUGACUUCUCCCUGUAAUGUCUAAACAUUAUCCUGCAAAGAGGUUAUGGGAAUACUCAAAUUUAUCAGAUAGAAGUUAUCUUGAUCUAACACCAAAUUCUCAUAACUUAUUUACAAGGAAAUGUGCAGCAGUUACAGGGGAGAAUUGGCAAUCAUCUUGGGAGUCAAAGGGUUAAGAUUCUCAGAUUAUCAAUUUAACAUUUCUGUAGCAUUUCUUAACAUUUCUGAUCAGUUUAGAUCAGAGUGUUAGCUUAAGAUUGUUAGUGGCUCUCUAGUUGUAAUUCAAGGAAAGGGACUGAACCAUGUAAAGGAGCUAUCACUGACAUUAACUAUGUUAUAUUUGAAGUUUUGAAAUAAAUUAUUU